UGCCUCGCGAGCGCCUGCUUGGAACUAUCCGCCAUGUUGUCGCUGUGAAAGCCAGGGAGCCGCAGCGAACCGGGGCUGAAAUCCGUCACCAUCCGCAUCCUCCACCUGCACUGGUGGAAUGAGCGUAGCGUGUGUUUUGAAGAGGAAAGCUGUGUGGCAGGAUUCGUUCAGCCCCCACCUCAGACUGCCUCCCCCUGAUAGACCAUUACCCAGCAUGCCUGUGGUGCUGAGUGCCGCGGGCCACGCCCCUCAACCUGGCCCUGCUCCUCAAGCCCCACCCCCUGCACAGGGGGCGGGGCGUUCUCAAGAUGAUGCCAUGGUAGAUUAUUUCUUCCAACGGCAGCACGGUGAGCAGCCUGGAUACAAUAAUGGCAAACACCGCUGGCCAACUGGAGACAACAUCCAUGCUGACAACCAGGUACGGUCGAUGGAUGAACUUAACCAUGACUUUCAGGCAUUGGCUCUAGAGGGAAGAGCCAUGGGAGAGCAGCUCCUUACAGGAAAGAAGUUCUGGGAAUCUGAUGAUUCAGGGAAAGAUGGGCCUAAAGGGAUCUUUCUAGACCAGUGGAGAGACAGUGCCUGGGGAACCUCCGAUCAUUCAGUGUCCCAGCCAAUCAUGGUGCAGCGCCGUCCAGGUCAGGGUUUCCAUGGUGUUGGAGAGGCAGGCUCUGUCCUUUCUCCACGCUCUGAGAGUGGUGGACUGGGCGUGUCCAUGGUGGAAUAUGUCCUGAGCUCCUCACCUGCUGAAAAACUCGACUCCUGUCUGCGUAAAGGAGCCUUUGGCCCGCGAGAUGCUGAGAGUGAUGAUUCUGAAAAGAGAGUUGAGCCAAAACCGAAAACCACAUUUGACCCUGAGAGGAAAGAGCUGAAGGAAUCCGAUACUGAUCCCAUGGACAACCCUAACGGACUGCCCAGUCAGAAUGGGCUAGAUGUGGAUGUCAAGGACUUCAGUCGUACUCCUGGGAACUGCCCUACUGCUGGACCUGAGGUAGAAUUAGGUGGACCUGAAAUGGCUGGAGGGGUGCCACCAAAACCACCGGAGGAGUUCCCAAAUGUUGAGCCCCAGAACGUGACCCUUGACCCCAUGGAAUCCGUUUCCAUGGAGACUUUGCAGUUUGAUUACGCUGGUAGUCAGCUGCCCCUUGAUUCCACAGCAGCUACUGUUGGUCUCUUUGACUACAACUCCCCUCAGCAGCUGUUCCAGAGGCCCAGUGCUCUGGCCGUGCAGCAGCUCACAGCAGCGCAGCAGCAGCAGUAUGCCCUUGCUGCAGCCCAGCAGCCCCACAUCGGUUUGGCUCCUGCUGCAUUCAUGCCAAACCCUUACAUCAUCAGCGCUGCCCCCCCUGGCACAGACCCUUACCCGGCUGGCCUUGCUGCCGCUGCCACUCUUGGUCCAGCAGUGAUGCCUCCUCAGUACUAUGGAGUGACUCCAUGGGGUGUGUACCCAGCCAACCUGUUCCAGCAGCAGGCACCUGCCCCCUCCAAUUCGGCCAAUCAGCAGCCAGCAACUCAAACUCAGCAGAACCAGCAGCAGGUCAUGCGACCUGGAGGUAACCAACGACCUCUGACCCCCAGCCAAGGUCAACAGGGCCAGCAGACAGACCAGCUUGUAGCUGCGGCGGCAGUGAGCUCUGCUUUGGCGUUCGGCCAAGGUCUGGCAGCAGGCGUUCCUGGGUACCCUGUGCUUGCUCCAGCUGCAUACUAUGACCAGACUGGAGCUCUGGUGGUGAAUACAGGAGCUCGCAGUGGUCCUGUUCGACUCAUGGCCCCUGCUUCUGUCAUUAUCAGCCCAACUGCAGCCGUGGCAGCUGCUGCUGCGUCUGCGAGUGGGGCUAAUGCCGGCCUCGGGGGCGGUGCCAGUGGUGCAUUUCGUGCACUGAAUUCCCAACAAGCUCCGGGUCAGCAGGGUGGAGGGGCCCUGGGUGGAAGCUCCUUUUAUGGGAGUGGGUCCCCAAGCUCCUCCUCCCAGAGCUCCUCCCUGUUCUCUCAAGGGUCUGGCCAACCAGGAAGUUCCUCUUUGGGAUUCAAUGCUAAUCCCUCCUCGUCCCUUGGGGCUACCCUUGGAGCAACACUUGGAGGUUUUGGAACAGCAGUGGCUAACUCCAGCUCCAGUGGCUCACGUCGGGAUUCUUUGACGGGCAGUUCUGACCUGUAUAAGCGCACACCUAGCAGCCUGACUCCUAUUGGCCAUGGAGGGUUCUACAACGGCCUUGGCUUCAGCUCCUCCCCUGGCCCUGUUGGCAUGCCGCUUCCCAACCAAGGCCCGUCCCACUCUCUGACUCCUCCACCUUCCCUUUCAACCCAUGGAUCUUCCAGUAAUCUCAACCUUGGUGGGCUGACCAAUGGCAGCGGGCGUUUUAUCUCUGCGGCUCCUGGAGCCGAGGCAAAGUACCGCAGUGCCACUACAGGUUCCUCCCUGUUCAGUCCCAGCAGCCAGCUCUUCCCGUCACGGCUGCGCUAUGGCAUGUCGGAUGUGAUGCCAUCUGGACGCAGCCGCCUGCUGGAAGACUUCCGCAACAACCGCUAUCCCAACUUGCAGUUGCGCGAGAUUGCAGGCCAUGUUAUGGAGUUCUCUCAGGACCAGCACGGCUCCAGGUUUAUCCAGCUUAAAUUGGAGAGAGCAAGUUCUGCUGAACGUCAGCUGGUCUUCAGUGAGAUUCUGCAGGCUGCCUACCAACUUAUGGUUGAUGUGUUUGGGAAUUAUGUCAUCCAGAAGUUCUUUGAGUUUGGCAGUCUGGAUCAGAAGCUGGCGCUUGCGGAGAGGAUCCGUGGCCACGUGUUGUCUCUGGCUUUGCAGAUGUAUGGCUGCAGGGUGAUCCAGAAAGCUCUGGAGUUCAUCCCCUCUGACCAGCAGGUCAUUAGUGACAUGGUGCGGGAGCUGGAUGGCCAUGUGCUGAAGUGUGUGAAGGAUCAGAAUGGGAAUCACGUUGUGCAGAAGUGCAUCGAGUGUGUUCAGCCUCAUGCUCUCCAGUUCAUCAUCGACGCCUUCAAAGGACAGGUGUUUGCUCUGUCCACACACCCCUAUGGCUGUCGAGUGAUCCAGCGUAUUUUGGAGCACUGUCUCCCAGAGCAAACCUUGCCAAUACUGGAGGAGCUACACCAACACACAGAGCAGCUGGUGCAAGAUCAGUAUGGGAACUACGUAAUUCAGCAUGUGCUGGAGCAUGGCCGUGCAGAGGACAAGAGCAAGAUUGUUUCAGAGAUCAGAGGAAAUGUUUUGGGACUCAGCCAGCACAAGUUUGCCAGUAAUGUGGUGGAGAAGUGUGUGACGCACUCAUUGCGUUCGGAGCGGGCCAUGCUGAUUGAUGAGGUGUGCAGUAUGGCAGACGGGCCGCACAGUGCCUUAUACACCAUGAUGAAGGACCAGUACGCCAACUACGUGGUGCAGAAAAUGAUUGAUGUGGCUGAGCCAACACAGCGCAAGAUCGUAAUGCACAAGAUACGCCCUCACAUUGCGACCCUGCGGAAAUACACGUAUGGGAAGCACAUCCUUGCCAAGCUGGAGAAGUACUACAUGAAGAAUGGAGUAGACCUGGGCCCACUCUGUGCUCCGCCCAAUGGCAUCAUGUAAAUUCUUCCCACUUUUAUCCUCUGAUAAAGGCGUGCACGUGCGCUUCUUCUGCGUGCGUAUCUGUACCAAUCUUAGAAAUGUUGAUCUAAGAUCACUGUAAACUACCCUUCCAUUGAUGAAUCCACUUCUCCCCGAGUCCUUGUGAGCUUGUUCUAGUCCUCUCUUUUUAGCAUCUUUUCACCUAGUCCCUUUCCAACUAGGACUUAAACCUUGGUCCUCCUGUUCACGAACGUAUGAAUUGAAAGAAUAUUUGAUCCCAGUUUGAAUCAUGGAGGCUUCCGCAUAUAAACACUUUAUUGCUAAUACAUGUUUCUAACAAACUUUCAUACACACACACCACACACACACACCUAUUACACGCUAAUACACUCUAUUGCUAACAUGACGCAGACAUUUAGCAUGGGAGACGUUUUUGGUCUUGCUUCUAUAAAUAUUUAGUGCAUAUUUGGUGUAGAACUUUGCAUAUAUAUAAAUAUAUAUAUAAAACUUUGUAGUUUUUCUGGUUUUUGAUGUCCAAUCUGUACCUAUAAUCUACCCCAGUAGUGAAUACAUACUUCUGAUUGUAUAAUUGUACAUUUGUAAACCUUCGCUAAUGUAAAUGUGGACUCGCUUCUACAGCCCUUUUUGGUAUGAGAAGAAAAAACAAAAUGGCGGAAAAAAAUAAUCUUGUGCAUUUCAGUGUAAAUUCUCACCUCUUUUGGUUGUUGUUUCAGUUAUGAGUUGUUGUAUAUUGUAAAUUGUAAUAUCAGAAUUUUUUUGUUCAUUUUGAAGCCCUUCGGAUUAAAAUGGCAUAGAUGUACAAAGAACACAAACAUGGGCACUCUGCUUUUAUCCAUUCACCAGCCAUUUCUCCCCCUCCCAUUAUCUGCUCGUCCCCUAUAUUUCUUUUUAUUAAUUUUUUUUAAAAACAAAAAUCUUUUAUAGUCCCUCCCUUACUCCGGGGCGGAUAGUAGAGCGCGUGUGUGUGAUGCAUAGCCUGCCCUGGUUCCAAGGUGUGUACAGAUUUGCCAUUCUUUUGUCUACUUGUAAGUGAUUGUAACAUACUGGCCAUUGGUUUUUGAUUUGGAACACUGCGGUGUAUAUUUAAACAGCCUUGUGUAUAUUUCCUAUGAUCUCUUUAUGCGAGCACACUUGUAACCAUAAUGUGUAUAGUUAACAGAUGCUGUGUGUGCUUUCUGCCUGGGCAACUAUUUUUUGUAACUCCAGUUGUAGAUUGUCUCUAAACAAUGUGUGAUCUUUAUUUUGAAACAAAACAUGGAUAAAAAGCUCAAAAUUUAAAAAAA